CAGUUUCAGUUGCCGCGCAGCUGCCGUAAAAGAAGGGAGAGUAGGAAACAGUUUUUCGCUCGCCAAAAACGACAGAAAAAACGCCACAAGAAAAAGAAUAUUUCCAACAAAAAAAAUCCAUUGGGGAAAGCAAUUUUUUUCUGUGUGUGUACGUGUGUUUAGUGUGUUUCCAAACUCAGUUUUGUGUUGAUCUCGAGCGCAAAAUCAUUUAGCCGAAAUUAACAUAAAUCAUGUCGUUCUAUCGCAUUUCUGCACGUAAAAUUGCCGAAGCACAGAAGGUGCCACUCGUGAACUAUGUGCGCCAAUUGUCUUCGGAUGGCGCCAGUCUGCGCGAUGUGCUCUCCGCCAAGAUUCCCCAGGAGCAGGAGCGCGUGAAGGCCUUCCGCAAGGAGUUCGGUGCCACAAAGAUGGGCGAAACCACCAUCGACAUGAUGUACGGUGGCAUGCGCGGCAUCAGGGCCCUGGUGACCGAGACCUCUGUGCUGGACGCCGACGAGGGUAUUCGCUUCCGUGGCCUCUCCAUUCCCGAGUGCCAGAAGGUGUUGCCUGCCGCCAACGGUGGCACCGAGCCACUGCCUGAGGGUCUUUUCUGGCUGCUGCUCACCGGUGAGGUGCCCAGCAAGGCCCAGGUGCAACAGCUCUCCCAGGAGUGGGCCGAUCGUGCUGCCCUGCCCCAGCAUGUGGUCACCAUGCUGAACAACAUGCCAACCACAUUGCAUCCAAUGUCGCAGUUCGCUGCCGCCGUCACCGCUCUCAAUCAUGACAGCAAAUUCGCCAAAGCCUACUCAGAGGGUGUGCACAAGUCCAAGUACUGGGAAUAUGUGUACGAGGACAGCAUGGAUUUGAUUGCCAAACUGCCAGUGGUUGCGGCCACCAUCUAUUGCAACACCUAUCGCGGCGGCAAGGGCUCCCGUUCGAUUGACUCGAACCUGGAUUGGUCCGCCAAUUUCGUGAAGAUGCUGGGCUACGACAGUCCCGAAUUCACCGAACUGAUGCGUCUCUAUCUGACCAUUCACAGUGAUCACGAGGGUGGCAAUGUUUCCGCUCACACCGUGCACUUGGUUGGUUCGGCUCUCAGUGAUCCUUACCUUUCGUUUGCCGCCGGCAUGAACGGUUUGGCUGGUCCAUUGCACGGUCUGGCCAACCAGGAGGUGCUCGUCUGGUUGCGCAAAUUGCAGCGCGAGGCUGGCAACAAUCCAUCGGAGGAGCAGCUGAAGGAAUACAUCUGGAAGACACUCAAGUCCGGUCAGGUUGUGCCCGGUUAUGGACACGCUGUGCUGCGCAAGACCGAUCCUCGCUAUACCUGCCAACGUGAGUUUGCCCUCAAGCAUCUGCCCGACGAUGAGCUCUUCCAGUUGGUCUCGAAGAUCUACAAGGUGGUGCCCCCAAUCCUAACUGAAACCGGCAAGGUGAAGAACCCCUGGCCCAAUGUAGAUGCCCACUCCGGUGUCCUGCUUCAAUACUACGGCAUGAAGGAGAUGAACUACUACACUGUCCUGUUCGGUGUGUCGCGUGCUCUUGGUGUUCUUGCCUCCCUGGUGUGGGAUCGUGCUUUGGGCCUGCCCAUCGAGCGUCCCAAGUCCUUCUCCACCGACAUGCUCGUCAACAUGACGAAGAAGAAGUAAGCUUAAGAUGAUCGCAUUGUGUGGAUGGGGGUUGGGACGUUGGACAAUUGGAUGGUUGGAUUGGAAUUAUUGGUGUCGUCUGCAUUUCUGCAUCAGGUGCAGGCGAUCUAACAAGUUCAGCAAAUGUAGCAAAAGCAAAAGAAACAACAACAAUAAGAACAACAAAUUAUUAUAUGAGAAAAACAACAAUAACACGAGCAUAGAGAAGCAGCGAAAACAAAUUUUGUAGCGAAAGUAGCAUCUAAUACACUCACACAAACACACACACACACAACACACGAGAAUGCAAUGAGUCAUUAUCAAAUUGUGAUGGACGAAUGGAUGGAUGGAUUCACGACGAAUGGAGUGGACGAGUGGAGAGCGCGAGGGAGGAGAUGGAGACGCAUCGUUUCGAAUUGAACGACAGAGAGAGAGAGAAAGAGAGAGAACUAGUGAGAGAGUAAGAGAGAGUGAGCAGAGAACAACCAAAUACGAAAUCACAAGCAAAAAAUAUAACAAAAACAAAACUGCAACAGCAAAACAAUAAGUUGGAAAUAAGACAACAAAUUUAUAUUUAGUAGUAUAGCUAAAUUAUGAAUGAUAACGAAAGAAAAAAGGAACAGCAAUAGCAAACAAAACAAAAAAAAAGGAAAAACAAAAAAUCACUUAAUUAUUUGUAUAAGCGCUAUUUAUACCAGAUUAAGUUAUAUAUGGCUGGACGAUGACACAACAAACACACACACAUACACAAAGUGUUAAGUGUCGUCUGUCCACCUUCUUCUCCUCUUGGCACUACUGUUAUGUUCAGCAUUUUUCCAACGAUUUGAACAUUUGUUUUUUUUUUGUUUUUUGUUCACUAUUAUUAUUUUUCUGUUUCACUUUUGGUGUUUCCUUCCUGAACGAUUUUCUGGAUUUCAUUUGUUACUUAACUACACUUUAAGCCAAUUAUUAUGUUUGGAGGCGUUUGUCUUUUCUUUUCUUUUCUUUGUAUUUUUUUUUUUUUACUUUUUGAUACAUUGACUCGACUUUACCAAAUUACCCGAACCACUACUCAAGGACCCCGCCUAAUAUCUUAAAAACACAUCUAACUUGAUAACAUUUUACUUUUAAUUUACCCCUAACUAUAUAGUUUUUUCUUUUAUUUUUACUUUAAACAAUGGAAACAUAUUGUUAUCUUAUGUAAUUUAUUGCAAACCAGUAAAUAUAAUAACGAAAAAUACCAAUACCAAUACAAACAAACAAGUGGAAUGAAAAACCUCUAAAAAAAACGUAAUAAAAAAACAGAACAAUAAUAUACAAAAACACAAACGAAAA